GUGACGCGUAAAUUCGCUCGUAAAACUACUUUCGUCAGUGCAGCAGAGGCGAGGUAUAAGGCGAGCAGCGAUCGCCUGCGAUCGUUAGAGGGAGAGAAUAUUUUACCGACUCAUCAUCGUCAUCGCUCGCGUAUAUAGGAGCCGAUCGACUCUGCGCCGCGCUCGCCCCCGCCUACCCCGCCCGCUCGUUCCGUCUUAUAAAUGUGUUUGUGUGCCGUAUACGUAAACGUUCUUGUGCUUUUAUAAAACGAGUAUAGCUCCCACAAGUAUAUAGAUACGCGUAUAAUCGUAGCGCGCGCGGACGUGUACAGUUUGUGUGGUGCGUGUUGCGCGCCGAGCACAGGUGAGAGGUGCCUCUGCAGCAGCAGCAGCAGCAGCAGCAACGUGUGUGCCGAUUUUUGGGGGAUCGCGAGCAGCAGCAGCAACAGUGUGCUCGAGGCAGAGCAGAGAGGAGUCGAUUACCUUUCUCUCUGCGCGCCGUUUCGCGUUGUAUAGCAGUAGAAAAAGACGAGCGUUAAGCGGAGCUGAAGCGGAGUCGAAGCUCCGAAGAGUAUAGUCGCAACGAAAUUGAGUCGCGGAUCAGCCGCCGCGCGGCAAUGACACACGCGGACGCGGACAACGACGUGCUGUGCUGCUGUCUGAGACUCCGCGUUGCCAAGACUACGCUCGUCGAAAUUAAGCUGGCCGACAACAAAGUGUUUUUACGAUAACAACGACGAUCGUCAGUUUUUUCGUUCUCGGUAGCUAUAGCUGCUAUUGCUGGAUUUAUGUAAUAUAAUUUAAACACGCGGGUGCGUGUGUUUGUGUGUGCGUUUGUCAGUGUUACGAGUGUAGAUAUAUAUCGGAAGCAUGCGUCGUUGUAUCGACAAGAGCCAGUCGAGUGACGCAUUAUUGUGCGAUGAUCGAACGCUGUUUACCGAUCAUUUACCAUACUACUACAAUUUUUUGUGACGAUUGUGUCUUCAUCCAAGUGCUUCUGACGCCGCCGCCACCGCCGCUACUGCCGAAGAUAAGCGCGAGCUUGUCAUUGAACUCGAUCGCACUUGCAGCAGGAAGUAAACGUGCGCGAGCGUGCGUGCGCGUGUGUGUGUGUGUGCUCAGUGCGCGCGUCCUUGUUUGUCGCGCUAGUGAAAAGUUCCCAAGAUAAUACACGAUAUACUAAAAACGCAGCGAGUUUUGUGGAGCGCGAACACGCAAAAAUAGGCGGAAGUAGAUGCCUCCUCGCACUGCUGCGGCGGCUCCAACUACUGCAACUGCCUUUUUGAAUUUCUCGCGUCGUCCCACGAGCGAGCGCCCCGAGAAAAACACGCUUGAACGCACAGAUAGGCCUCGAAGAUGCGGGUGCGCCACGUAAUAAUCGGCCUGCUCGUACUCGUGUGCGCGGUCAAUACCGCGCACUCGAACAAGUGUCUGACUAUGCUCGAAGAAGUCAAUCCGAAGAGGAUUGUUCGCUUCGAGAACGAGCCGUUCAAUAUAAAAUUUGAAGCGUCGACGCGAGUGACGCACCGCUUGGUGACCAAAAUCAUGAAGAUAUACUUGCAAGAGGUGCUCGGUUAUUCCGACAUAACGAUCGUCGAUGUGGAGGACGAUUUCAAUAUUACGGCCAAUUUCGCCAGGCUCUCGGAAAAUUUGACCAAUUCUCGAAAGUCGAUUAUUCCGGAAUCGAUGGUCAACAUGGAGGUGUGGAUACCGCCUCACUUGGACACCACUCCGCUGUUGGAUAAGCACGACGUCCUCGAGUUGGGCUCGGUCGGUCCGCCCGGUCACUUCGGCUGGUUCAUACCCGUCGGACUGUCGCGACUCAACGACAGCUGGAUCACGUUCACCAAGCAGGAGACGGCGGCGCGAUUCGACGUCAGCGAAGUCGACUGGAGAAAGAUCGCCAACGCCACCAUCAAAUCGGAGACGGAGUUCUAUUGCAAGGAGUCGUUCUGCCAAGACGGAAUGUACGUGCCGACUCAGUGCCAAGCCAACAAACUCCAGUCUCAGCCGUGCGCCAUGCUCUUGGCCGACUACUCCAGUCCCACGAAGUUCAUCAAGGAUCACAUCGACCAUUACAAGUUGUACGUGAAAGUCGCUUGGGUCGGACCGAACUUGAAGCAUCUCAUCAAAUACCUGACCAAGGAGUACUUGCAGUCGUCGAACAACGAAAAAUCCCUGGUCGUCCUGCAUUACACCCCCAGCAGCGUGAUUCCCAACGAGAGCGAGUACGUGAACGUGGACUUUCCCAGAUGCGGCUCGAGGGGCUCGCACGAGGGCUGCCUCUACGAGACGAGAAAAUUGGAGAAGCUCGUGUGGAAUCGGCUCGAGCCCAUAGCCAAGCUGGCCUUCGAGGCCAUCAAUCGGGUCAAGUACACCGAGGAGAUGUACGAGGCUCUGAUCGACAAGUACAACGAGAAGCUGGUCGGCGGCACGUCCUACUCGAAGCUGUCGGCGAUCGAGAACGAGGUGGCCUGCGACUGGCUGCGGGACAAUUUGCGCUUCGCCCUGACGCACUGGAUGCCCAACGACGAGGACAAGAACACCCUGAUCGUCGGGGGCAUCUUUCCCAUGACCGGCUCGUUUUACACGGCCAAGUCGAUCGUGCUGGCCGCGCAGAUGGCCAAGCAGUCGAUCAAUCACAACAAGACGAUCCUGCGCGACUACAAUCUCAAGAUGCUGAUCAACGACGGCCAGUGCAAGUCCGACCUGGUGAUGAAGUCCUUCAUCGACUACAUACUGCACAACUACUACAGCAAGCUGAUCGGCGUCCUCGGGCCGGCCUGCUCCGAGACCAUCGAGCCGCUCGCCGGCGUCUCCAAGCACUUCUACACGGUCAUCAUGAGCUACGGCGCCGAGGGCUCGAGCUUCAGCGACCGCAGCCGCUAUCCCUACUUCUUCCGGACGAUCGGCGAGAAUCGCCAGUACCAGUACGUCUAUCUGCAGCUGCUGCAGAAGUUCGGCUGGCAUCGGGUCGCCGCCUUCUCCGAGGACGGCCUCAAGUACACGGAAUACAUUUCCUACAUGCAAGACAUGCUCAGGGACAACGGCAUCGAGUUCGUGGUUAAUAUUAAAUUUCCUCGAGAAUGGGAGCCGGAAGUUUUGACAAAGUAUUUGGAAGAACUGAAGCAGAAACGCGCGAGAAUCAUUAUAGCCGAUGUUUACGACCAAGUGGCCCGACUGGUUAUGUGCGAGGCUUACAGACACGAGAUGACGGCUAAACAGAAUUACGUGUGGUUUCUGCCGAUCUGGCUGAGGUCCAACUGGUUCGACACGGACUACUACAACUCGGCCCAGGGCGAGAGCACCCCCUGCAGCACCGCCGAGAUGAAGAUGGCCAUCAACGGCCACCUCGGCAUCUCGCACGCGACUUACGCGCCCGACGACAGCAUCAUGCAGGAGGGCAUCACGGUGCGCGACUGGCGCGACAGGUACGAGCGCUACUGCAGCUCCCAGAAGGAGGUCACCUCGCCCUACGCCGGCUACGCCUACGACGCCAUGUGGACCUACGCCUACGCCGUCGACGCCCUGCUCAAGGAGAACUCGAGCUACAUCUUCGAUCUGCACUCCGAGCACACCGUGUCGAGGUUCACCGAUAUCAUCUCCAAGACCGACUUCAAUGGGGUAUCCGGAAGGAUUAAAUUCGUGGGUGGCCCCUCGAGGUUUCCUGUUAUAAAUAUAUACCAGCACAUCGAUGGCGAAAUGAGCAUCGUCGGAGAUUUUCAUCCCAAUAUUUCCGAAGAAACCAGCCUAGUGUCCGGAGGAACUCUGAACCUGAACAUGUCGUCGAUCGUCUGGCUCUCGGGAAAGAUGCCCGACGACGGUAAGGAGCUACCCGCAAGUUGUCUUUUUCCUCUGAUAGCGCAAGUCUUUGGCGUAUCCUGCUUUUACGCGCUGAUCAUUUUCAACGUAUUUAUAUUCGUCCUUCUUAUAAUCGGAAUCAUCAUCACGGUUUUAUUCAUAAAAAAGAGCUACGAGAGGAGAGUGAAAAGAACCGAGUACUUUAUCCAAUCCUUGGGCUUGGACCUGCACAAUAUGAACAAUAUCUGUCUCGACCGAUGGGAAAUGUCUCGCAACGACAUCGUGAUGAACAGGAAAAUCGGCGAGGGCGCUUUCGGCACGGUCUAUGGUGGUGAGGCUAGAUUUCCGGAAAAGGGAGGGGCCUGGGUGUCCGUGGCCGUGAAGACCCUGAAGCAGGGCAGCACGGCCGAGGACAAGUACAACUUCUUCGCCGAGGCCAACGUGAUGAAGAGAUUCGAUCAUCAGAACAUCGUCAAGCUGCUGGGCGUUCACAUGGCGACCGAGCCGGCCCUCGCCGUCAUGGAGUUCAUGCUCUACGGAGAUCUGAAGACUUACCUGCUGGCCAGAAGGGGCUUCGUGAACGAGCGCGUGCCCACUUACGACUACGACGAGAUUUCCGAUCUCAGGCUGACCUCGAUGGCCCUCGACGUCUCGAGAGCUCUGGCUUAUCUGGCGGAAAACAACUACGUUCACAGGGAUAUCGCAUCUCGAAAUUGUUUGUUGAAUGCUCAGAGGCAAGUGAAACUUGGGGAUUUCGGCAUGACGAGAUAUUUAUACAACGACGAAUGUUAUCAUUUUAAUAGAAAAGGUAUGCUCCCUGUAAGGUGGAUGUCUCCUGAAGCUAUUCGAACAGGCAAUUUCACAUUGGCCUCUGACGUCUGGGCGUACGGCGUUUUAGUAUUCGAGAUUAUCACUUUUGGUAAUUUUCCAUACCAAGGUAUGAGCAAUAAUCAAGUCAUCACUUACGUCGAAGGUGGAAAUACUAUAAGCAUACCCAAAGAAGUUGAUCCGAAAUUAAAAGAUUUGCUGUUAAAAUGCUGGUCGUUCGUUCCGGCCGAGCGUCCGGCGGCCAAGGAAAUCGUCGAUUUUCUCGGUAAUAAUUCGCGAAUCAUCUCUCCGUGCCUCGACGCGCCGGUAGCCAGCGUCCAACUGGAGCACACCGGCGAGAUGGAGAUGCACAUGAACAAUCCUCCCAACGACCGGAAGCCCUCGUUCCCCCGCUGGCCGGCAGCACAGCAGAACAACGCCAACAAGACGACGUCGACGACCAUUACUCCGGCCACGGCGAAGAUCAUGGAGACGAUCGAGCUCAACGGCAUCAACGCGAACGGCGGCAUAGUCGCGGAGACGCCGAGCGUGAUCGAGCUGCCGCCGGAUCUCCAGCUCGAGAGCUCGCAGCCGCUCCUGAGCAACGACGACCCGCUCAACGAUUAUUGCGAGAACGAGUCCGCGGAGAACCAGUCGAAUCGCUACGUCAACAUGAAGCCCGGCGUGACGGUGGACAUCAGGCUCGAGGACUCGGUCACCUACAUACCGAACGGAAGGCCGUUCUCGUGAUAGGCGCGGCUGACGCCUAUUUUCACUUUUCUUUUCACUGUGAUAUCAUGUCAACGCGAGAUCGAUUGACUGAAUGCUUUAAUUUUGAGACUGAUUACCAGGGAACAUAGUCGUAUUUAUACUUAUACAUACGAAUAUCGGUAUGAAUCGCUACGAUUAUAUAUUCUUUAGAGAUUACUUCUUAUUAUAGUAUACGAAUAAUUUACUAUAUUUUACUAUUUUACGAUACGAUUUAUGAACAAUUUUAAGAAAAAAUUGACUCGCGGAAUAAAAGCGACUCGAGGCACGAAAAACCAUGACAAUACUUUGAGCAAAAUAUUGUUUACUGAGUGUUUUAUUACAUUGUCAAGACUAUUAGUCGGUAAAAAUCAUCUAACCAAAAAUGAUUUCCUUGUACAAUGAGAUGUACGAUUUUAAGUAUACGUAUCUGUUAAGGAACAAACUUUUUUUUAUAAGUAAUAGAGAGAUAUUAUUUUAGCCGUAAGAAAUUACUGUGAUACUAGACAUAUGUAAUUGCCUACGAGCAUCACUAAAUAUUAUUUUAUAAAAAAGCGUUUCCAAUUAUACAUUCAGUUUUGUACGUAAAUUAUAUGAAAUUUAUUUUUGGAUUGUUUGUAUCUUCCGAUCCGAUAAUCGCAAUAAUAAGCAUAUGCGUGCUAACAAUAAAAAAUGAUUUUUAUAUUA